GGCGAAAAGCUGUCUCUUCCCAUGUGUUGAUUCGCUCAUGGUUGGGUCGGAUUCGACCGAUCGUCUCUCAUCCCCCACCUCUGGGUACGUGGACAUGGCGCAGCCAUGGCAAGACCUAGAGCUGAGCCUUGUCAAGGCCAACGGCCAGGCCAACGGUCACUCCCCCCACUGGCAGCGGAACGGGGAUAGCGGCUGCAGCAGCAGUAACUCAGUAACGCGGCCACUGGUUGAACCGGAAGUGGAGGAGGAGGUCGUCGAUUUGAGCCACACGUGCUACAAUUUGAUUUUUGUGAGCGGCAGGGCUAGCGUGCUAGCGCCCAUGCUGGCUGUGGCGGCUGGACAGUUUGGGAUGCUGUGGAUCGUUGGCUGGACAUCUCCGGAGUACUUCUUCGAGAGCGGGCAAUGGAUAGUGCCUAUCUCGGACUACUGGUCAGUGAAUGCCAUGAAGUGUCUCUCCAUGCUUCUCACUCUUUUCCGGGUCAGUGGUGAAUUCAAGGAUGCGGCCAAGCUGUACCGUGUGCUGACGCAUCGGCCUGCCGUCCACAUGACGCUGCAGCAGCGAAUUUUAGGCUUUGGGGCCUUCCUUCUACAAUACCUCGUGGCGGUGGUUGUUCUGCUCAUGGCCAUACAGCUUAUUCUCGCCAGCACCACCCCAAUCGCCACCAUCGGCAAGCUGUGGGUGGUUUUUGCCACCCUAGACUUUGACAACUACCUUUGCAAUUUUAUCCUCUUCAUUUUCGAUUGCGAGCACGCCUUCGACUGGGGCGUGUCUUUGAGUCGGCGCUCCGUUCGACGCUUGGGCGGCCCGCCCUGCAGGACGUGGCUCUUGAUCUACUGGGCCCCCGUGGGGGUGGCGCUGCUGUGUGUGUGCCUCUCAGUGUACUUCAACAUUUGCCCUCUGACGGCGGUGCACUACGGGCCUGUGGAGAACCUGGAGCCGGUGCUGAUGCUGACCAGCGCCAUGGGCCUGCCGCAGUCCUGCUGCGCACCUCAAGUGCAUAUUCCCCCAGCGGACGUGGACCACGGGGUGCAGGUGAGCGUGCCCUGCGUGACCACAAGCGAGGCCAGCUCUCAAAACGCCGCCCCGGAGGUGUACUACGUGGUUGUGCCGGACGGGCGGCCCAGCCCCUCCAGCCUGCAGGUGAUGGAUGGUCGGGGCGGUGAUGGGAACCGGGGGCUGCGCUAUGGCCAAGUCACCGCCCGGCCACUGCAGAUGCGGUGGUGGCUCACAAGUCACGGCUUUGAGCCCACUGUCUACGACGUCAUGCGCAAAAGUGGGACAGGGGGCCUGGGUCUAUAUCAGAGCAAUUUUCCCAACUUGGCAGAGUGGAAGAUUCAAGACUUCCCCUGGGGAGCCCGGGCGAGGAUAUUCGUGACGGCUGUAAAUCCGAGUACUGGUGCGCUUAGCCCGCUGCCAGUGCAGUCUGCGGUGAUUAUGCGGAAGGUUUGCUCCUCGCAUUGCCUCCGGUGCGACUCUGAAGGAGCGUGCCUGGAGUGUGACGCCGGCUUUGUGCUGCAAGAGGCGGCCUCCACAGUGUCGUUGGGUACCCGGCUCUUCAAAAUCUGCGCGCCCUGCGGCCUGGGCUGUGCCAAGUGCAACGCCGCGGGUGCUGGGCACUGUGAUGCCGGGGGGUGCUUGCCAGGGCAUGGCCUGGCUGACAAGGUGUGCCUCCCUUGCGCCGGCACGCCCUGCCUGAGCUGCGACCAGGCUGGCGCCGGCAUGGCUCCACUGGUCCUUUCAGAUGCGGAGGAAAAAGACGGCCUAACGCCUUCCGCGGCCGUUCGCGCAACAGAAUUGCCGUGCCGAAGCUGUCCAGCCACCUUCGGCCUAGGUGAGAACGGCAGGUGCCAGCCCUGCCAGGUGCAGGGCUGCCGUAAUUGCCCGGAGCUGGGCAUGUGCCAGGCCUGCAAGGAGGGCGCCACUUUACGGAUUUCGCCAGGAAACGGAAGCUUUCUCCAAGAGUGCCUGCUGUGCGCUGAGCACUGCGCUCGCUGUGAGCUGUUGGGCGAGGGCCGCUGCGAUCCGGAGCAGUGCCACCCAGGCUUCAGCCUCACCCCCACCGGUGUCUGCGCGCCCUGCUCCAUGCACUGCUCCAACUGUACCAAGGCGGGCCCUGGCCACUGCGAUCUCGGCAGCUGCCGGCCUGGCUAUGGCCUUCAGGGCGCCGCGGGAUGCUCCAAGUGCCAGGUGGAGGGCUGCGAUGUGUGCGACUCCUACGGAUGCGAUGUUUGCCGGGAGGGCUUCGGCCUCACCCCGGAUCGCAGCUGUGAGGCCUGCGCCACAGCUUGCAAGCGUUGUACAGGAGCCGGGGGGGGAGGCUGCGCCGAGUGUGUCCCUGGCUUUGGCUUGGAGGCCGGUCACUGCUCAGCCUGUGCGGAUCAGUGCGAGCACUGCGAGGAGAUGGGCCCUGGACAGUGUGACGUGGGCGCAUGUGCUUCUGGCUGGUUGGCGGCAAACGUCUCCGGGGCCAUGAUAUGUGUCCGCGACAGAAGGCCUCGAGACUGGCCAAUGUGACAGUGCAGGGGGAGGAGCACUCGCCAAGUACAGACUGGCGAGCUUUUCAGAUGUACCGUUUCAGCGUUGGCUGAACAAAAGCCAGCAACUAGCAACCUCGCGUGAACUUGGCCAGGGUUGAUGAGUCCCUUCC